AUGAAGUUUUUGUCUCUUUCUGUUUCUUUCUUGCUUGCUAGCAAGGCUUCUGCUGCUGUCAUCCCAUUGAAUGACGAAUCUUCUCUCAUUUCUGAGGUGGAGGUUGAAAAGAGAGACCCUGUGGUUGCUCCUAGACAGGCUGGCGAAAAGGCUCCAUUGCUUAGAGCCCUUAAGCCUGUCAAGUCUAAGUACAUUGUCGUUUACAACGAUGAUGCUUCUGCUGAGGCCAAGGCUGAAGAGUCUGAAUGGAUCUCUGGUGUCGUUCUGGAGGUCGCCAAGAGAGAUGGCACCAGCGACGACCACUUGAAGUUCUUCGAUGUCAACACUCUUAACGGUUACUUGGGCUCUUUUGACGAAGAAACCGUCGACAAGAUUAGAGACAGUGGUGCUGUGAAGUACGUUGAAGAAGACACUUAUGCUGUUGCCGAGGAGAUCACCACCCAGAACAACGCUGUCUGGGGUAUUUCCAGAGUGUCUACUCGUGAGAACACCAGAUCUGGAAAGUACAUCCACGACUCUCAAGGUGGUCAGGGUGUUACUGCUUAUGUUGUCGACACUGGUAUCAUGACUGAGGACCCUGAGUUCGAAGGCCGUGCUACUUUGGGUGUUUCUGUUGCUCAGCCAGACAAGAAGUACGACACCAAUGGCCACGGAACCCAUGUGGCUGGUACCAUUGGUUCCAAGACCUACGGUGUUGCUAAGAAGGUUGAUCUUGUUUCUGUCAGUGUGUUCGGUACCAACGACCGUGCUGCUGUCUCUGACCUUCUUAUUGGUUUCGACUACGUUAUCCGUGACCACAAGCAGAAGCUUGCUUCUGGCAAGAAGGGCUUCAAGGGUUCUACUUUGAACAUGUCCAUUGGUGGUGCCAACUCUCGUGCCUGGACUGAUGGUAUUAACGCUCUUGUCACUGCUGGUAUUCAUGCUGUUGUCGCUGCUGGUAACGAGGCUAUCCCAGCUUGUACCUUCUCCCCAGGUUUGUCUAACGCCAUCACCGUUGGUGGUUCUCAAAGCGACGACAACAAGUACAGUAACUCCAACUACGGUGACUGUGUCAACAUCCUCGCUCCUGCUGUGAACAUUCCAUCUGUUGGCUGGAAGCAGACCCCAGAGUACAAGACCGGUACCUCCAUGGCUUCUCCACACGUUGCUGGUGUUGCUUCUUACUUCUUGUCCUUGCACCCAGGUGCUGGUUCUGAGUUCAACACUGCUCUUCUUACUCCAGCUGAGCUCAGAAAGAGAUUGAUCGACUUUGGUACCAAGGGUGCUAUCCGUGGCUUUGACUCUGCCACCCCUAACGUUCUUGUCUACAACGGUGCUACCAACCCAGGUAAGUUCUGGGAGUAA